AAAGUCAAUGGGGUUCUGGAGAGCCCAACAGGCACAGGUAAGACUUUGUGCCUGCUGUGUGCCACCCUGGCCUGGAGGGAGAACUUCAAGGACACCAUGUCUACCUGUAUGAUGGCAGAGAGGCUGGGCCAGGAGAUGUUUCCAAACACACCUAUGUCUUCCUGGGGGACAGCUGACGGUGACAAACCAUCCUACUACACUGAUGUCCCCAAGAUCAUAUAUGCAACGAGGACACAUUCUCAGCUUACACAGGUUAUUAAUGAGUUAAAGAACACUUCGUACAGCCCAAAGGUGUGUGUGAUGGGCUCAAGAGAGCAGUUGUGUAUUAACCAGGACGUCAUGUGUCAGAAGAGCAACCACGUCAAA